AUGUCGGUCUUUGACUCCUUGCUAGGCCACAUCACGCAAUCUCCCGAUCGCUUCCACGCUCACGCACGUCUGCUUCUCCUCUGGGGCACAUCUGGGUUCUUCAUCCAAGAGGCCCACACGAGCGACGUCCGCGUCUCAAGCGGCAUCCACGUCUUCACCUCCUUCAAGACCGUUCUCGCUCGCCUCGCAAUCGGGGAUCCGCUCUCGCUCUCGCUCUCCGGCAAUGUCGCCGACUUCCGCUCGUCCAGCGACCCGAGUUUCCUCUUCGCCAUCGAGCUCGACGACCCUACGGGCAUCGUCGUCCACUCUCAGGGGACGCCAUCGCGCCGCUUGCGCUCGGGGUCGACGGGCCCUCCGACUCAGGCACUGUCUGGGCCGGACGCCGGGGUGGACAGGUGUUCGUCGGUGCCGAACAACGUGACGCAGUUGGGGACGGUGAAGAACGCCAUCGUGGCGGGCUUGAACGAUUCGUUCGGCGAGCUCUGGCGAGUGGAAUGUCACUGGGAAGAACAGUCGCGGGGGCUUGUCCCUAACGUUCGGUACGACAGCCCCAAGUUCAGCCUCGUCCCCGGUUCUCCCGCCGGCGGCUCGCUCGACGGGACCGAUCCCAAGGCGGACAGCGACGGCGCCAUCACGUUGACCUUCAACCCCGGUGGCACCGAGCUGACGAACGCGGCGUGGGACGGGAGCCGCAAGCCGCUCGUCGGGCAUUGGGAGGCGCAGUCUGUGGUGCGGUUGUUCACUAUCAACGUCUACCUGACGGGGACGCUCGGCGGGACGUCUGCACGGGACGACCCACAGCCGCCGGAGGAGGAUGUAGACAAGAGGACGAGGCAGAUCGAGGUCGUAGCGGCGAGCGAUGCUAACUUCGUGCAGAGCAUGCUCGACAAGGACGAGGACACGAACAUCGUCGUUGCUGGCGACCACAACGUGCCUAAGGUCGAGCGCUACACGUACCUGUUCGACCAGAACGCGGAGCAGCUCGAUCACGCGGCGAUGGAGAUCGUGGACACAGGCGACACGAGAGAUGCGAUGUAA